GCCAAUGUCCUGAUCCACCCCUUCUGCUUGCAUCCUGACAUGAUCUGCCUGCCCUGUGGAGAUACCACCAUCAACAGCAUGUAUGGUGUCUUUGUCGUCAUUGCUGCCUUUGGUAUAGAUUCAGUGCUCAUCCUCCUCUCCUAUGUGCUCAUUUUGCGCUCUGUGCUGGCCAUUGCCUCCAAGGAAGAGAGGCUCAAGACACUUAACACAUGUGUAGCACAUAUCUGUGCUGUGCUCAUCUUCUAUAUACCCAUGCUUUGUGUGUCAAUGGUUCAUCGAUUUGGGAAGCAUGCCCCUGAGUAUGUGCCCAAGUUCAUGUCCUUGAUCUAUCUUUUUGUUCCUCCAAUGCUGAACCCAAUUAUCUAUUCUAUCAAGACUAAGGAGAUUCGCAAGAGGCUACACAAGAUGCUUUUUGGACCCAAGCUCUGA